CCUUGAUUCUUGAUGUCCUUGAUCUAAAUAUUUUAUUUUGAUUUGUCAAAAAAAAAUUAGCUAAAUUUUAUAUAGUGUACAUCUGUAAUCUGUAAUCAACUGGAAUCAACAUAGAAUAGAUAAAUACAUAACAUACAUACCUGUUUUUUUUUAGAAAAAUAUUAACGAAAACUAGAAAAUAUAAAAUGAAGAGUGUUAAUCGAUGGAAAUCGUUUGAUUUUGGACCUAAAGCUAUUCUAGAUGAAAAUAUUCCGCAUAAAAAACUAAAAACCAAUCGUAAAAGUUUGGUAAACUUCAGGAAAAAUAACCACCAAACAAUAAGUAACAAUAUAACUGAGAUCAAUUUUUUGAAUGAUAUUAUUCCCCAAACUGUUGGUGAUCUUUGUGUACAUCCUAAAAAAAUAAAGGAAAUUGAAGAGUGGUUAAAAUUUGCUUUACAUUUAACCAAUCAUAAGAAGAACACACAAUUUCUUCUUCUAACAGGUCCAACAGGAUGUGGAAAGACUGCUACAACAUUAACAGUUUGUAAAUCAAUGAAUGUUAAGGUAGUGGAAUGGAUAAAUCCUGUUGAUAUUGAUUUUGAGUUCGUUCAUGGUUCGACACAAACAUCUAGAUUUUUAGAUUUUUUUUCCCAAUCAAAGUAUAGUUCUCUAUUUGAUUCCAGUGAUAGUAAAAAAAUAUUGCUUGUUAAAGAAUUUCCAAAUAUUUUUUUAAAGAGAAUUGGAGAGUUUUUUGAUAUUCUUGAGGAAUGCUACUACAAAGCAACAUAUCCUGUGAUUUUUAUCUGUUCAGAUACAUCAAGCAAAGACCUAAAUUUCCAAAGAAUUUUAUUUCCAGAGGAAGUUCAAAUGAAAUAUUCCAUUGCAAAUAUCAAUUUUAAUGCUUGUGCACCCACUUUAUUAAAAAAGGCCAUAGAAAGAGCACAAGAUGUUCUAAAAAGAGAUCCAAACACAUUUAAAGUGCCUUCUCCGGCUAUUAGAGAGGCAGUUAUAACUUCUUCAGGGGGCGAUAUACGAUUAGCUAUACACCAGUUUUAUAUGGCCAGUUUAAGAGAGUCUGCUGAUCUCCAUAUUAUAACAGAUAACAAGAAAUCUCAUAAAAAAUGUUUGGGCAACAAAUUUACUAUUAAAAAUAUGGGCAAAGAUGAAAAAUUAGGAUUAUUCCAUGGAUUAGGUAGAGUUUUGAACCCCAAAAGACAAGUAGAUGGGUCUUCUUGGAGGAUUAAUUGUGAUAUUGAAAAACUGAUUGAUGAAUUUAAUGCCCAGCCUAAUAAUUUCAGUUCUUUCCUAUUUGAAAAUUAUUUGAAAUAUUUUGGUAACCUAUUAGAUGCAGGGCAUGCUGCAGAUGUUUUAAGCUUCACUAGUUUACUAUUAGGAAACUGGGAAAAUUCAGACUGCAUGAAAAUAGGUUUGUGGAUUGAAGUUUUGGGAUUGAUGAUUUUCAAUCAACAUAGAGAGAGCAGGUGGACUCAGAUUAGUGCACCAAAGAAAAUAGAAAAAAAGUGUGCCAUUGGUGAUGUCAAGUAUGUCCAUGCAACUGAUAGAUUUUACUAUAAUCUUCUUGCUGAAAAUAAGAAGUAUCAUGCAUUUAAUUAGCUAUUACUUUUUAAUGAAUAAAUUAUAAAAAA